GUGCUGUCAUAAGCCUGCGCCACGCUUUUGCAUCUGUGAUUCUGCUAAAGAAAGAGAAACUCCUGCUGAAGCAACUGAGAUCCACGUGACACUAUUAUAAAGAUGGAAUUUAUUAAAGUGGAGAGUGAAGACCUGAAGAUUGAAGAAGCUUUCAGAGUCAAACAUGAAGAUACUGAGGAACAAACAGACCUGAUGGCGCUGAAAGAAGAGAGUCACGAGCUGAAUAAAAUGGAAGAGAAAGAUCAGUAUGAGAAAUGUCAUGAUUUCAUGGUUGGGGUGAAAUCUUUUAGUUACUCAAAGACUCAUAAAACAGAAACUAGAAACUUUGAAGUCCAGAUGAAAGUUCACACAGGAGAGAGCCCUUUCACCUGCCAACACUGUGGGAAGGGUUUCUCACUAAAAAGAAAUCUUAACAUUCACAUGAAAAUCCAUGCUGGAGAGAAGGCUUUCAUAUGCUCUCCGCGUGGAAAGAGAUUUACACAGAAAAAUACCCUUAAUGCCCACAUGAGAGUUCACACUGGAGAGAAGCCUUACACCUGCAAACUGUGUGUGAAGAGCUUCACGCGAAAAGAAAAUCUUAAAAUUCACAUGAGAAAACACAACGGAGAGAAGCCUUACACCUGCAAACUGUGUGGGAAGAGCUUCACACGAAAAGAAACUCUUAAAAUUCACAUGAGAGUUCACACCGGAGAGAAGCCUUACACCUGCAAAAUGUGUGGGAAAAGCUUCACGCAAAAAGAAAAUCUUGAAAUUCACAUGAGAAUUCACACCGGAGAGAAGCCUUUCACCUGCAAACUGUGUGAGAAAAGCUUCACACGAAAAGAAAAUCUUAAAAUUCACAUGAGAGUUCACACUGGAGAGAAGCCAUUCAUAUGCUGUCACUGUGGAAAGCGUUUUAAUCAGAAAAAGUACCUUAAUGCCCACAUGACAAUUCACACUGGAGAGAAGCCGUUUGUUUGUGAUCAGUGUGAAAAGAGUUUCAUAUAUAAAGCACACCUUGAUCUUCACAUGAGGAUUCACUCAGGAGAGAACUGUUUUAUAUGUCACCAGUGUGGAAAGAGUUUCUCACAGAGAGCAAACUUUGAGAAUCACAUGAGAGUUCACACUGGAGAGAAGCCUUUCACCUGCCAAGAGUGUGGAAAGAGCUUCACGGUUAAAGGAAACCUUAAGAUUCACAUGAGAGUUCACACUGGAGAGAAGCCUUACAAGUGUGUUCAGUGUGAAAAGAGUUUCUCAUAUCACACAAACCUGAAACGGCAUGAAACGAAAGCUCAUUCUGGAAAGAAAAUCCAAACCUUGCCACACUGAUGAAAAUGGCAAUUUCAACAAUCAUCUGCGCAUUCACUCUGAAGAAAGACAAUUAAAUUGUGAUCAGUCUAAUUAAAACAUCACACAGAUAAAAAUGUAAAAGUUGUGUAAAUGUGAGACCCUGAUUGUGUUCUUUGUUAAAACCAAUUUGGACAGGAUUAGUUUUACAUGGAGUGGUGGGAUAGAGUAAAUAUAACCAGAGCUUCUAGAUUUUAGUCCCAUCUGAAUGUGCCAUCUCAGUAAUCAUUAUGGAUAAUAUCAGUAAAUAUUAAGGUGACUUUUACCUUCAGUAAAAAGGAAAAUUACCUCAGGUAAUGCUAUUCGCGUGCGAAUAGACUAGCUGUAAAUAUUGUGGAAAUGUUACAUCAUUUCUUGUUUAAUUCUGUCACAUGGUUUUGGGUUAUGUUUCAUGUUUAUAUUUUCAUAUCUUUUAUUUUGUAUUUCUCGCUGUCA